UUGGGGCCCGGGGCCCGGGGCCCGGGGCGGGAUACAGGCCUUAGCCAAAACACCGGCAACUAGAACGGGGAGAUACAAGAGGAGGCCCGAGAUUCAGGGACAGACAGGCAACAGAGAGAGAAAUCCAGGCCUUAGGGUAACUACCCCUGACCCCCCGACAGUGCGGCACUCCCUCGGCACUGACCCUCCGACAGUGCGGCGCCCCCUCAGCACUGACCCUCCGACAGUGCCCGCUCCCUCAGCACUGACCCUCCAACAGUGCGGCGCUCCCUCAGCACUGUCCCCAGCACAUAACUCUUCUCCUCACUCCCCCAACACACACGCACGCUUUCACUCUCUCACUCUCCCACACACACACAGUGUGGCGCUCCUUUUUGGUGUGUGUAUAUAUACAGUCCUGCGUAUUGAUACUCAAAGUAACAUAAGACCUGACACAAUGUUCAGAGGACUGUAAAACAAGAAAAGUGUCCCAAAAGAGUUUGUGAGCAAGAACAUCCAAAGUAUUCAGUGCCAAUGCAGCAACACAGGCGACAGCCAGAACUAGUGGAAGGAAAUCUUCCUGUCUUUGUAUUUCCAACAGAAUUGAUAUUUUAUGCAGAUGAUCAGUCAACACACAAACAAGUGUUGACUCUUUACAACCCGUACGAGUUUGCCUUAAAAUUCAAAGUUUUGUGCACAGCCCCAAACAAAUAUGUUGUUGUUGAUGCUGCAGGUGCGGUGAAGCCUCAGUGCUGUGUCGACAUCGUCAUUCGCCAUCGAGAUGUGCGACCAUGCCACUAUGGAAUCAUAGACAAGUUUCGGCUGCAAGUGUCUGAACAAAGCCAGCGGAAAGCACUGGGUAAAAAAGAGGUGAUUUCUGUUCUCCUCCCGUCAACAAAGGAGCAACAACAGAAGGAGGAGGAGGACAAACACAUCAAAGAACAUCUUGCAGAAGCUGUGUUUUUUGAACAGACCUCAUUCCAGCAGGAAUCCAGAACUGCCUCUUCGGGACCGAGUUUACUUACAGUCUUCCUGGGAAUCAUCUGUAUCAUAGCAUUAAUGUUACCAACACUUGGGGAAGCAGAAUCUCUGGUGCCUGUUUACCUCCACUUAAGUGUCAAUCAGAAAUUAGUCGCUGCUUAUGUUUUAGGCCUUGUGACCAUGGUUAUCCUUCGAACAUGAAAAGGAGUAGUGAAGGAGAUCCAGCAUGGACUGAUCCAUUUGUUAAUCCGGGGCACAGGCUGCUUUCCCAAUGGAGUCACAUUACAUUUUUCAGAACAUGAAGGUCUCCAGCAGGAGCACUUGUUGCAACCAGCAUGGAUUUAUCUGAACUUUGUGUAUUUUAAUGUUUAUCCAAGACCUUGAGCUGUAAAAUUGCAAUCACAUUGUCGCAAAACACCACAUCAAUAAGCUUUGUUUUAAUUGCUCUGAAAAUGUUUAGAUAAAUGGUUUCAUGUGUGUAACUUUUAUUAAAUAGACGUUUGUUAUUUUUUAAUUCAUGUCCAGCUUUGCUUAGCAAUCAUGUCAUUCUGUCCCAGGUGAUGUCCUGAGGAAAAUCCAGUGAGUACUCACAAGUUGUGGAGUUUUGCCAGGGAUUGGCUGUACCUUAUGAAAUGUAUUCAUGUCACUGACUUAAGAACAUGCACUUCAACAGAGCAAAAGCAGUUUCUACUCCAGUAACAAAGGGUACACAUCUAAAACUUUAACCUGUUUUUUCCUCUCUACAGGUUCUAGUGCAUCAGCUUUGUAAUUCUAGAACUUUUGUGUUUAUUUCAACAAGUGCACUUGUCAAACUUCAGUUAGGAUGCUGAUCACAUUUUCAGUUUAAUCCAAUGUGCCAGUUUUGGCUCUGUGGAAACAACUAUCUUGUCAAGGGUCAUGGAUUCAAGCCACAUUUCAGAGGGUUGAGCACAUAAUCCAAGGUGACCUUCCCAAUGCAGAAGUGAGGGAAUGUUGCACUGUCAGAAUCAGUAUUGAGGGAGUGGUGCACUGUCAGAGGGUUAGUGCUGAGAGCACUCAGCCCACAGGAUGUCUUUCAUUCAGAAUGUUAAAUUGCCUCUGGUGGGGUACAAAUUGUGUGAGAGUUUUUCAAAUAGAGCAGGGGGGGUUCAUCCCAAUGUCCAAGUUAUUAUUUCUUGAAUCAAUCGAACCAAAAGUAAAUAUCUGGUCAUUUAUUACACAUUUUGCAGGAUUUUGAGGCAAAUAGUCAUUGGCUGCCAUGAUUCCUACAUUACACCCAUGAUAGCACUUCAACAUUACUUCAUUAGUCAUAAAGCGCUUUGUGAUGUUUCUUUUUGGAAGCACUCAGUCUACAUUGAAUGACUAAUAGAUUAACACAGUAGUGAAUGGACCCUCACCACUCAAGUGGAAGAAGUGGACUUUAAAGAGAACAUUAAUUUUCCUUCUGGUCUGUUGCAAUAGUUCCACAGUAUCUAACUGAUUAGGUUUAAUGUACAUUUGGUUUUUGAAAGUCAGUACUAUGUAUAAAAUUAGUACGAUAUACUGUACCUGCUAACAGAUGUAAAGGAAUCCAUUCUGAAAGGCUUGAUUGCCAACAUGCCAGCUUCGGUGAUUGUCUUUGAAGGUUCUGAAUUAUUGCAUGAGGUGCCUUCCAAGUUGGUAAAGCUCAGUUAAUAAUCUGGAUCAAACCUCAGAUUGCUGGAGGGGUCAUCCAUCUCGCACUUGUUCCGGGAUUAUACAGAAAUAUCCAUGAACGGCAUUCAUAUUGACUAAUGCUACCUGAAGAGGAUACAAAGUGGGAUCUGGUGUCCUCUUUUUCCACACUGAAUAACUCCAGAUUUAACAGCUGGGCUUUGGUUCCACUCAGCUACAGAAAUCAGCUGGCAUUAAUUCCAGAGUCUAUAAAGAAAGAGCUGAAAUGAAGGGAUAAUUGGAUUUUAGACAAGGAACUGUGAUACCUUCCACAGUCAAAUAGCAUUUCAGUUUCAAUGUCUGAACAUUCGGUGUUUAGCUACUAGUUUGCAAUGCGUGGAGACUGGUUAAUGCUUCCAGUCAGAUAAUACUGUAAUGAUCAGUUUUUCAAAUAAAACAAAAUAAAAAGGGGUAAUAAAUGAAAUUGGCAGUUUAUAACUUAUUAGGCAGUGGGCUAAGGGCAAGCAAUGAACAGCCCAUCCUGCAGGAGCUCCUAUCUAAAUUUGUGGCUGUCUUGCUCAGAGAUGCUCAAUUGCCGAAUUGUGUCAAACAGAAAUUACCCAGCUGCCAAGGCUGCUCCACACAACAAAAAAUAAAUGUAUUUAAAAAGAAAUUGUUUUAAACAAUUGUCAGGUCUUCUGCAAAGCAACUUAUUAAAAUUCUGAAUUACUGAAUGAGUUAAAUUGUGUUUAAACUGUUACGGAUACAGCAAGCAGAUUUUGACUACUUGGUGUCGGGAAUUACCCUACAGAGCAAACUACAAGUCUAGAGGGGUGUUGCCCCUUUGAGAACUCAUGGGUGAAUAAAAUGUUGCUGUGUAAACAGACAUCUGAAGAUUUUCUGUUUCAAUGUCAUUUAUGUUUUUAAAAAAAGUACCAAUAUGACAAUUUGUAAAUGUUUACAUCAUGAUUUAUACAAUUUAUUUAAACAUUUUAAUAAAGUUAUUUUUGAGA